CUGUAGCGCUGGAAAUCCAAACUGAGACUUGUGAGAGUGAACUGAGAAAGUGCAUUGAGAGAGGUUACUACUGGGAUCGAAACAUUACAUAUUUUGGAUACAGCCCUCCGUAAUCCUGAUGACAUGUUAAACACCAAGAACCCACUGGAUGAAAAAGCAAUAGAGUGAUGGGGAGAGGAACACCUUCGAUGUGGAUAUUACUUGCUGAGCACUGAGAUUUAGUAUACCGUACAGCAUUUAUAAAUUGUGCGAAUCAAAAAGGCAACUAGUGGUGCAUCAAUUAGGGCGACAGGUUUGAAUUCACUCCUCUGCUUACCGUUAUUCUUAGUUUACUCGGUACAUAAACCGAGGCAAAGCAGGCUGUGCAGAGACAUCAGAUCGUGUCUUACGUAAAACUGACCUUGUCUUGAUUGGAUCUGCUACAGACGAGACGAGUACCGUUCCUGACACUAAAGCGGGAUGAUUGUAGAGAACCUGUCUAUACCACGCAAGAUUUAAACAGGCAGCGUUUGUGUCGGCAUUAAGAACAAUGAAGAGGAGAGCGGAUUUUGUGGAGCCGCAGAAGAAACAGAGGAAACAUUUUGAGGAUUUGGGCCUGAACCUGAGCUCUACGUCCGACGACGAGCCACAGUACAGCAACCACAUCAGUCAAGACUCCUCAAGCAGCAGCAGUGACUCUGGUAGUGACUCGGAGGAACAUCGACCCGUCUUCGGAGCCCCUCUACAAUCCCAGCAUGCAUCUCAGCCAGAAUCCACGCUGGAGGACUCCUCCAAUAGAUUCGCUAUGUACAACAGCGUCUCCCAGAAACUCAUGGCUAAGAUGGGUUUCAGGGAGGGAGAAGGUCUUGGUAAGUUUGGCCAGGGCCGGAAAGAGAUAGUGGAGGCGUCGACACAGCGUGGCAGACGUGGUCUGGGGCUCAUGCUCAAGGGUUUCCAGGGAGAGCUGAAUGUGGACUGGGAAGACGAGCCGCAGCCUAGUGCGGUGGAGCAGGUGAGCUGGUUCCCAGAGUGCUCUACAGAGGUACCAGAUGCUCAGGAGCUCAGGGAGUGGAUGACUAUAGGAAAGAGAAAGUUGAAGAUUGAGGAUGAAACAGAGUUUUGCAGUGAAGAUCUUUUACACAGUGUUCUGCGUUGCAAGAGUGUGUUUGAUGAACUGGAGGGGGAGGAGAUGCGUCGUGCUCGAACCCGAUCCAACCCUUAUGAGACUAUACGCGGAGCCUUCUUUCUCAACAGAGCUGCAAUGAAGAUGGCCAACAUUGACCACGUGUUUGAUAACAUGUUCACCAACCCUAAAGACUUGCAAGGGAGACCUCAGGCGAGGGAACGUGAUGCAGAGUUGCUGUAUUUUGCGGAUGUGUGUGCUGGCCCUGGAGGCUUCUCUGAAUAUAUCCUGUGGAGACGCCGCUGGCAUGCUAAGGGCUUCGGCAUGACAUUGAAGGGGCCCAACGACUUCAAGCUGGAGGACUUCUUUGCAGCGCCCAGUGAGCUCUUUGAGCCCUACUAUGGUGAGGGGGGUGUGGAUGGCGAUGGAGACAUCACACGUCCAGAGAACAUCAGCGCGUUCCGGAACUUCGUUCUGGAGAGUACUGAGGGCAAGGGGGUGCACUUCCUGAUGGCUGAUGGGGGAUUCUCUGUGGAGGGGCAGGAGAAUAUUCAGGAGAUCUUGAGCAAACAGCUGCUUCUGUGCCAGUUCCUGACAGGGCUGUCUGUCAUCAGGACAGGUGGCCAUUUCCUCUGCAAAACAUUUGACCUGUUCACCCCGUUCAGUGUGGGCCUGAUAUACCUGCUACACUGCUGCUUCGAGCGGAUCUCCCUUUUCAAACCUGUUACCAGCCGCCCCGCCAACUCAGAGAGGUAUGUGGUGUGCCGUGGUUUGAAGCCUGGAAUAGACGCAGUGAGGGAUUAUUUCUUUGCAGUGAACCUAAAGCUGAACCAUCUCAAGAACACCGAGAAGGACGUGAACCUGGUCGUGCCACUUGACAUUCUGAAGGGGGACACUGAGUUCUACGAGUACAUGAUUCGCUCCAACGAGAGCCAUUGUGCUGUUCAGAUAAAAGCUCUUGCAAAAAUCCACGCCUUUGUUCUGGACACAACACUGUCAGAGAAUAAGCAGGCGGACAUUCGCAAGGAGUGCCUCAAACUCUGGGGGAUUCCGGACCAGGCCAGAGUGACGCACUGCUCAACGGACCCCAAGUCCAAGUUCUUUGAGCUGAUGAAGGGCUCUGAUAUCGAGUCGUUCAACUACAAGCCCACUCCUCUGAACUCCAAGACCAUUGAGAAGAUUCAUCACGUCCUGGAUUACCGCUGCAUUGUGGGAGGAGCAGAGCAGAUGUUUCUGCUGGGGCUGGGGAAAUCUCAGAUCUACACGUGGGAUGGGAAGCCGCCACUGCGAUGGAAUAAGCUGGAGAACUUAAAGACCGAGCUCCCGAGAGAUACCCUGCUGUCUGUAGAGAUUGUGCAAGAACUAAAGGGAGAGGGCAAAGCCCAGCGAAGGAUCAACUCUGUCCAUGUCCUGGAUGCUCUAGUUCUCAAUGGCACAGAUAUCCGGGAUCAGCAUUUUAACCAGCGAAUUCAGAUGGCUGAGAAGUUUGUGAAAGCUGUUUCCAAACCCAGCCGCCCUGACAUGAACCCCAUCCGAGUGAAGGAGGUUUACAGACUGGAGGAGAUGGAGAAGAUAUUUGUGAGGCUAGAGAUGAAGCUGACAAAGAGCUCGGGAGGAUUUCCAAGGCUGUCCUACAUGGGGAGGGACGACCGGUACUUCCUGCCCACUGGCCUCUACAUCAUCAAGACUGUCAACGACCCCUGGACAAUGGCCUAUAGUAAAAACUCUAAAAGGAAGUUCUUCUACAACAAGCUGAGCAAAGAGUCGACUUAUGACCUUCCGACCAAUGCUGUGGCCCCCUUCCAAGUUUGCCAUUUAGAGCGCCUUUUCUGGGCAUGGGUGGAGGGGGUCAGAGUUCAUGACUGUCAGACCCGGGUCGAUGCUGACAAGCUGUCCAAGGAAGAUGUUCUCACUUUCAUCCGGGCUCACCACCACGCCUGACCAAUGUGCAACCCUACGUCCUGGCUGCUACUCGCUGUGGACCACGACUACAGCCCUCUCUCCCUGGAUACAAGCCCUUUCUCUGCCCCAUCACUCACCAGAACCAUGGAGACUGAUUCCCACAGACCCUUACCCCUCAGCCAGCCUCCAUUCCCACCUCGCCUCAUCCACAUAUGCCUACUGUAAUAAAUUACCACAUCAUUGGAGCCCUCUAGUGUCUAUGGACUAAGUCUACUUUUGUUGUAGAUUUCUUGCACAAUGGACUAUACACUUGUUUUCACAUGCUCAUAUCAAGUAAAUAAAUAAGCUUUCUGGAAGUUGAAGAAAAAAUAUCAGUGUAGUUUAAGAGGGCUCCUAGUAUCUGGACCCUUUAAAGUGGGGGCUCUCCUGUUUGGACCCUCAGCCCUGUAUACUACCCCUUCUCCAGUGCUGGAGUUUUUUCACUUUCUCCACAGCCUUGAUUUAUUGCUGCAUCAGUCAGUCAGGUUGCACCACUGUUCCAGUACAGGGUGGCCUACGGUGAGAUGUUUACCUCCUUAACCCUUUCAGCUCCAGAAUGUCUGUCUGUCUUUCCUGACCACUCCCGUGUGUCCCUCAGCAUCAGGAAUCUGGCGAGUGUGUGGAGUUGUGAUUGGUUCAGCUGUGUGCCGUGUUUACAGGGUGUCAUUACUGUGCACCUGGGAGCAGUGCAAAUGUGAAAGUGCUUUAAUUCUGUACUCUCCUUCCAAACUAGUUUUCAGUGGUGAGCCCUGCACAUGUAUAUAACUAUGACAUCUGUGCCAGGAUCCCUGAAUACAUGACCCACUCACUAACCACUAAUCGCUGAGGAUAAAGGCUGACGAUGCCAUGGGAAGGGAGCAGCUUCCCAACUACCCAAGAAAGAUCCCUCGGACAUCUCCACACUCCAACUAGUUUGCAAGUAAGGCCUCUCUUUCUCAUAGCACUUUUUAAAUGAGGGCAGAUGAUUGUGGAUCAGUUUCCUUAUUUGAAAAGGAUUACAAGAGACAGCACUUAGUGUGGGUCACAAUUCACAGACAAUCUAAGGAGAAGAGCAAGACCCGUUGUGAUUAAACUGGAAACCAAACUGCAAACUUGCGGAACACUGGUGCUGGGUGAAAAACUGUUUAACUCUGCUACCUACUUGCAGUCAAUUGAGGGAUCUGCUGUAGAGCAUACAUUUUAGAACACGGCAAUUCUGAUUAUUUCUCUAUCUGAUUUUGUAUUUGAAGUAUAUUGUGUGCACUAAAUACCCUUCUGCUUCCUCUGUACCGCUUUCUUCCUGAGGGAGCUGUUUGCAAAGGGGCACUGCAGCUGAAAUUGAAAUUCAGAUCAUCUUUUAUUUUUGUUCUCUUGUUUUGAUUUUGUUUGUAUCGCAGUUAAUGAUGAGUGAGGUUUUUCCUUUCAUUAUCAGAUGAGCUGACAAAAAAAAGGUAAUUUAAAAAAAAAAAAAAGUUUGCGGUCUUAACCCUUCGAUACAUUUUGAGUUUCAGUAUAAUACUUUGAGUUUUGGAGGUUUCUGUAAGUUUAUUUGAGUAUGUGUCCGCCUAAGUUCUUCUAUUUAGAGUGCAGCUUUCAAUGCACUUUAAAGUGUUCUUUUUUUAUUCAGAUCCCACUGCAACCCAGCGCUUUCUCAAAGUAUUUAAUUGCUUACCUGUUGAAUAGCCUGUUGUAUUGUGUACUUAAUGUCCCUUUGUGCAACCACUGAAGCUGCUACUAAAAAGACUCCCAAAAGUUGAAACUCCUUUUUUGUGUGUGUGUGUGUUUGUAACGGUUCUACCCCUUUUGCAAUUGUAAUAUAUUAGUAUUAUAGUAUGAAAAUAUGCAUUGCCCUGUCAUUAAAA